UUUUGUUCUUCUAGACGGAGGUAAUGCGCCUGGGUAAGGAACAUCGCGUUUUGCGAUAAACACGGUUUUUUUGCCCUCUUGUAAUCGAAUCACUACAAGAGUUUGUAAAUCGAUCUUCAUGAAUUAACUUAAUACACAGGGCCGUUUUCUUCCCUGUAGCUAUAGCCUCUCCACGUGUUUGCGCCACCGGAGCUUUUCCCACUCGAAUUAUACUACAUCACCUACGAAGCGUCUUCGCAAAUAUAAUAAUCGUUGACACGAACAUUCAUCAUGGCGCCCGAAACACCACGAGCAGUCUCUUCGAGACUUCUUACUAUGAAGUUUAUGCAACGGGCAGUGGCCUCAGAAAACUCGUCCCCGGAUUCAGAAACACAUUCAUCCAAGAAAAGAAAGACUGGACAUUCCCCAGCGGCGGGUCGCCUUGACCUGAACAUUGACCAGGCUGCAAUCAAAGCCGCUCUUGAUGCACAAGAAACCAAACGACAAGAGGCCCUGGAGAAGCAUGUUGGGGCCGACACACAUUGGGUUCUUGACAACCCAUUUGCUGGGUUAAAAGCUGCAAGUCAGACCAAAGCACCUCUCAAUGUCGUGUAUGUUGGGUAUGGUGAUAUGGAUUCAUCUAAUGAUUCAGGCGAUAAUGAGGACGUGCCGAGAAACGGGCGUACUUCAACAAAUAGCUUCAAGAAGGCGGCGAACCAGAAACCAGAAUCCCAGAAGACAUCAGACAACGAGAGCGAGAGUGAAGAUGAGGACUCAGACGACGCAAAUACACCGGCGCAUGGACAAAAGCGGAAGCCAUCCAGUGAUAGCCCAAGCCGUUCACGCUCCCGUUCCCGGUCACGGCCAACUGCAGAGAGUGCCAAAGCCAAAGAAUUCCGGGAUAAGAGGAAGAAAAAAGAGGUGAAGCUAAGCAAGCCAACAUCAAUAUCCUCUGGUGGUGGUAUUUCCUCAGGAGGCGGGAGCCAGUUCUCACCUGCUGGAAAAGCCAUGACCUGCUACAAGUGCCACCAGACUGGUCACAAAGCUGUCGACUGUCCUAAGAGGGGUCAAAUGGCGCACAUGUAUGAUUAGACCAUAUCAAGUCCAUGGGGAUGUAUUUACUUGAUGUCAUCUGCGAAUUUGACACUCUGCAUCAUCUCUGACCCAAGUCUGGAGCUCCUUGGUAUAUACAGGAGGACGCUACCUAUUUGCCCAUUCCCACAUCAUUAUAUACCGGGGCCAGGCGAAAUGGGGGCAAGCCAACAAGGUUAAGAAGUGAAGGAAGUGGGAAAACGAAGAUUCUAGCAUUGUAUAUCGCACAGCAAUUAUCGCAAAUGCUGAGCAAACCCCUUUAAUAGCGACUGUUAGACAGCAGCUUCAUGGGUACUAAAGUGCAUCCCCUGAGCAAAGGCAGGAAAGCCAUAAUAAUUUGCCGAUUUUCGUGAUUAAGGGCUUGUUGGACACAAGGGAUACAGGGGCGACUUGCAUUGAGCUUGUACCAUGUGCACCCAAGGUAUGUGAUGUAUACUCCUGAGACUGCAAUGAGAUGCAGCCACUAUUACUACGGUAUACAAUCAGUGAAUCACUAUGGUACAUACAUGGACAUUAUUUACCCAUACUACUCAGAAUCUCUACCAAC